AUGAGAAUACAGCUUGGUUGCGAAGAUGCACAGGAUUCACAUCAGGAAGCUGGCAGCAAUAAUAGAAAAGCUUCUAGCAACAAUAGAUGCAGUAUACCUCGCAAGACUAAAGUUACGGAAACUACUAAGAUUAAAAAACAGGGCCUUAAAAUUAAGAGGUUGAAACACCUAUUUAGAACUAUCAGUAAAGGCGAAAGAACAAUUACUAUGGUAGGCAGAACAGCUAGAAAGAAAAAAGAUAUUAAUAAACAGGCUUUGAAAGGAAGAAGAACAGAAGCUUCACAUAAAUAUAUUAAAGAUAAAAGCGAUUUAAUUCACUCUGAUGAUAUUCAAACAUCUGAUGGGGAAGUCAGUUUUGAUCAAAACAGACAACUUGACAUGAAUGAUGAAUUAUGUGAAUCCUCCAUGGACAUUGAUACCCAGGAUUCUGGCCAAAGCACAGAAAAAAUAUGCAAUUUUGUGUCUAAUAACUCUCCUAUGGACUUCAGUGAAUUGGUUUCUAUCUCUGAUAGACAUGAUUAUAGAUCUAUCUCAAAUAUUACCAAUAAAGAAUUUUCUUCUUCCAGGCCCGAUAUUGGGCUUUGUACCCCAAUUAACUACAAGAUAUCAAAUAUGCAUGUGGCUUAUCUCCAGGAAUGUCUUCAAAAAAAGGGUAUUUCUCAACAAGCUAUCGAACUAACUCAAGAACUUCAUUUUACUAACGAUCAAAAAAUAGCAGUAUUUUUGUCAAAUGUAAGGUCGCAUAACCCUGCAGCAAUUGAUACAAUUGCCAAUUGGUUGAAGGAUAUCAUUAGACAUUUAGCACCUGAAGGAAAAGCAAAAAACAUUCGAAUACUGUUGGUGCUGUUGGCACAAAAUGGAGAUGCUGAUCUAAAUGUGAUCUUAGUAUUGAAAAAUUGGUCUAGUCUAAAUAUCUACCAAUAUUUCUAUCAGAGAGGUAUAAAAUUAAUGUUAGAACAGAACAACAUUACUGAAAAAUUUAUGAAUCAAGCUAGAAAUAUAUAA